UUGGCCACCUGUCUGCACCAGUUAGUAGUCAAGAUCUGGGAAACCGAACAGCUACCGGAGGAGUGGAAGGAAGGGAUAAUCUGCCCCAUCCACAAGAUAGGCGACAAGUUAAUGUGUGAGAACUUUCGAGCGAUCACCGUUUUGAAUGCCGCCUACAAAGUGCUAUCCCAGAUCAUCUUCCGUCGUCUUUCACCUAAAGUAAAUGAGUUCGUGGGAAGUUACCAAGCCGGUUUCAUCGACGGCCGGUCGACAACGGAUCAGAUCUUCACCGUACGGCAAAUCCUCCAGAAAUGCCGUGAAUACCAGGUCCCAACGCAUCACCUGUUCAUCGACUUCAAAGCGGCAUACGACAGUAUCGACCGCACAUAGCUAUGGAAAAUUAUGGACGAGAACAGCUUUCCCGGGAAGCUGACUAGACUGAUAAGAGCAACGAUGGACGGUGUGCAGAACAGCGUAAGGAUUUCGGGUGAGCUAUCCAGUUCAUUUGAAUCUCGACGGGGACUACGACAAGGUGAUGGACUUUCCUGCCUACUAUUCAACAUCGCCCUGGAAGGUGUUAUGCGACGAGCCGGGCUCAACAGCCGAGGUACGAUCUUCACGAAAUCCAGCCAAUUUGUCUGUUUUGCGGAUGACAUGGAUAUUAUAGCCAGAACAUUUGGAACGGUGGCAGAACAGUACACCCGCCUGAAACGUGAAGCAGCAAAGGUCGGACUGGUGGUGAAUGCGGCUAAGACAAAGUACAUGCUGGUAGGUGGGACUGAGCGAGACAGGACAAGCCUUGGCAGCAAUGUUACGAUAGACGGGGAUACUUUCGAGGUGGUAGAAGAAUUCGUCUACCUCGGUUCCUUGCUAACGGCUGACAAUAACGUGAGCCGUGAAAUACGAAGGCGCAUCAUCAGUGGAAGUCGUGCCUACUAUGGGCUCCAGAAGAAACUGCGGUCAAAAAAGAUUCACCCCCGCACCAAAUGUACCAUGUACAAGACGUUAAUAAGACCGGUGGUUCUCUACGGACACGAGACAUGGACGAUGCUCGAGGAGGACCUGCAAGCACUCGGAGUUUUCGAGCGACGGGUGCUAAGAACGAUCUUCGGCGGUGUGCAGGAGAACGGUGUGUAGCGGAGAAGGAUGAACCACGAGCUCGCUGCACUUUACGGCGAACACAGUAUCCAGAAAGUGGCCAAAGCUGGAAGGAUACGGUGGGCAGGGCAUGUUGCAAGAAUGCCGGACAACAACCCUGCAAAGUUGGUGUUUGCUAACCAUCCGGUUGGUACAAGAAGGCGUGGAGCGCAGAGAGCACGAUGGGUGGAUCAGGUGGAGCGUGAUCUGGCGAGUGUUGGGCGUGGAUGGAGAGCUGCAGCUGCAAAUCGAGUAUUAUGGCGGCAAAUUGUUGAUUCAGUAUUAUCAUGAAUUGGAUGUGAACUAAAUAAAUGAAAAUGAGGGUGAAUGAUUGAAAUAAAAUGAUAAAUGUGUGCAUACGUCUUUUGCUAUAUUUUCAUUUUAUUUCACUGCUACUUGCACUUGUGAUAUGAACCAUUUUUAUACUAUAAACAAAAGCGUUUUCAGUAUGUGACAUAAUUUCAAUUAGUUGGUAAUGUAUCCUACCACCACAAGACAUUUUUGGUAACCCUGAAUCCUUGCGCUACCCGCUAUGCUCUUGCUCUUUAUCUGGAUGAGAGACAGGGUUCCUGAUUUCCACUUUUCAUCUUCUUCCACAUUCGAAGACAGUCAGCAGCGAACGGUUGUCGCUUUAGUUCGUGUGUAUGCUUGUCAGCGCCGACAGCAAACUCCGGCGAACGGUGGGAAGCCACACUUGGAAAUUACUCAUUCGUCCACAUUCGCAUCGCAAGCGAAUGCGAUUCGUGAGUGAUGCGAUUGAUAUUGUGCAUACGAAUUUUUGAUGUUUUCGAAUUAUUUUCUUUGCUAAUCUAGCAUUUCAGCAACAAUACAGUAAAAAUGUAUGCAUUACAUGCAGAAAUUCUCUUCUACUUCUGAUAAUAGCCGCUUGGAUCGCUCACCAGCAUUCUUCACCAUUCGCCAUUCAUUCAUGCGCUUGCGAUCCAAACUGCGACGAAUGGCAACGAAUAUUCAUGUCAAGCAGCUAGCUCAUCGCUUCCCAGGGGUUGCGUGUUUGAUCACGACUAGAAAUCCUCUACAUAGAGAUGAGCGGAAGUUACAUACGUCGAUUCGGCAACGCUGUUUGUUUUUACAACAGCUGCCAACACUUGCUACAAAGCUAGAUGUUCAAACUUUGUGCGUGACUUCGUUGUGGUUCAAGUUGUUUUGUUUACAUUUUCUAAUAAUGGUAGAAUUUUUUUUUUCAAAAUUUUGUUGAAAUAGCGGAGCAAUCGAAGAAAUCUAAAAUUCAUUGCAAAAGUGUUACGCUAAUCAUAUCGGCAGAAGUGAAGCAAGAAGCAGCAAUGGAAGUUUUUUCGACAAGUUCAGCAACAAAAGUGUCGUCAUAAGCAUGAGCUUUUGAAAGCAGAAUUAAUAAUUUUUUUUUAUCUUGUUACUAAACAUACAUAUGCCGCCAAUAUCUUGAUAUUAAAAAUAAAUAAUUUUGAUUCAUUUAGUUCCGAUUGCAAUACCGUUCAAACGACGGUAUUCAUGGUUAUGGUGUAAAAAGGACAAAAAUAAUAUAUCCCUGGGCUUGGAUUAUAUCUUCCAGGAAGCUUUAAUUUCAGGCAUGUGGUCGAUGGCCUUUGCAGUAAUGAUUAGAAUAGCUGAAUGUAUAAUCAAUGGCAAACAAUUCUGUAAGAAUCAGAUCUCCAAGUCAUCUGAUAUAGUUAUACUGAUCAUGACGCUGCAUAGUAUAUCGAAUAUUUGUCGAAGUCAUUUAUGUGCCGGGAAAAUAUAAUUCCAAGUUGGAGAGAAUAUUACAAACUGAGGGAGGGUAAUAGGCCCAGUCAGACCCCUGAAUGGGCAAUGUGGGUUAGUUUAUGGGAAUGCCAUUGAAGGUUUGUAAUAUUCUCCGAGGCUUUUGAAAUCCAACAGGGCGCGUCCCCGGGUUGCGGAUAGGGGGAAAAGGGAGAUUUUUCACAUUUGUACUGUAAUCAGCCAAUGUGGUAUUAUCUCCUAUGGUGUUGUAGUGCGAAUGAAUGAUCUCAUUCUAUGGGAAUUCGAACCUUGUAAUGUAUUGUUUAUCAACUUCAAUUUUCUAAGCUUGAUAAGGUUUUGAAGACAAACAUGAGAUGAGAGAAUUGCCUAAUAGGAAAGUCACAUCAGCAAAGCUUUUACAUAUGCAAAUGCUAUCCAUGGGGUCAUGUCUAGCAUUUAAUAUGUAUGGCAAUGACUGAUUCUUACCUAGCACAAUGGUCGGAAAAAGAUAAAGUUCGGCCAAAACUCUUUUUAUGUGUUUAAUCGAAGUUAUAGGUUGUCUAGAUAUGAUAUAUAGUAUUUUUAGUGUUUAAAAAGGGGUAUUCAAAAAUUACGUAACUUCAAUAAUUUCAAAAACGGUAAAAAUCAGCAAACCCCACAUUUUUUGGGUUUUUUUGUUAGAAAAUCAAUUUGAAUUUAAUAAAAUGAUCAUCUUUCGAUCGAAUCCAAUCAAGUUUGUUCAAAACGUGUAAAAAAUGUGGGAAGAUAAAUUUUAUUUCAGUCAAAAAUGGAAAAAUAACGUAAAACAUAUGAAAAAACACGACUUUUUUAAAUAGCUCUAAUUUGAAAAACUGCAAAUUUCUGCAAAAAGUUUAAACGUUUUUAUGCAGCCCUAAGCAUGAUGUUUAAGAUGUACUAUUCGAAAUUGCGGCGACACGUGACGACACGAACCGUUUUUUAACUUAAAAAUUACCAAAAUUCCUAAGGUACAAUAUAUGAAAAUUUGAAAAGUUUUGUGGCUUAUUAAUUUUGCACCAUAUGUGCAUUCAAACAGUCCAAUAACAAGCUAUCAUAUGCUGGAUAACAUAAAACAUAUAUUCCAUUCUCAAAAUAUUAUUAUUGCACUUUUUUCGAAUAAUUCAUUUUUCAAUUUUAUGACUUAGGCAACUUUGGCAGUGAAAAUGUCAUUGAAAUACAAAAGCUGGUAUGCUUUUAAUUAACACUUAUGUGGCCGGCAGGGUACCCGGGUACCUUUUUCAAUUUCAAAUCUCGAUAUUUUAAUGGUUAUUGAGACUAGGAUUUUGAAACUCUGUUAGAUCUUAGAACUCGUCAAUAUACAUCUAUUAAUGGGGUUGACCGAAUUUUAAAGUGAGGAGGGGCAGGGGGAGGGGCUCCUGCAUUUUUUUAUUACGUGGAAGGCCGGCAGGGUACCCGGGUACCCACGAAAUUGAAAUGAUCAUAUCUCCGUCAAUUUUUCAUCGAUUUUGGAAAUCUUUAGCUCAUUCAACUCAGAAACUCAUCAUCUAUCGGGAAAAUAUUUGGUUAGACCGAUCUAAUUACCGUGGUUUUCGGAAAACCCAUAUUUUUGGGAGCAUGUCCUUAUACCAUAUUGAAACCCACAUUGUUAAGGCUAGGAUACCUUAAAGUGUUUAUGGUCAACCAUGGCCCCACGGGAAGCGUGUUCCGAAAUCACAGUUUCAAGUCAACACGUUUUAUGAUUCCAGGCCGGUCAGAUACAAUAUGCCAAAGCAAUUUUACGAUGCUUGGUACCGAAAUUGCUACUAACCUACCGAAAAUCCCGUAUAUUGUAUUGUAUAAAAACAUGGAUCCGGAAAUCCAGAUUUUCCGGUACCUAUGGUGAUCGGACCGGUCCAACCAAAUACGAUCUCGAUAGAUAAUGAGUUUCUGAGUUAAAUGAGGCAAAAACUUUUAAAAUCGGUGGAAAAAUCGCUGAGAUAUGAUCAUUUCCAUUUCGUGGGUACCCGGGUACCCUGCCGGCCUUCUACGGGUGUUUUUUUUUUGCUGGCCACACUACGGUUAAGAAUCAUAAAACUACAAUACAUUAUCUUUGUUAUAAGGCGAAAAAAAGUUUAAAAAUAUCAAUUCCGUUUUUUUGUGAGUUUUGGCCGCCCCUUUGUAUGGAGCCCGACCAAUGUGCCUAGCAGGGAUACUACAAGACCACGCGGACAAUUCGGUUAAAGGCUUAAUUGGGGAUAAUAUAUUUUCCAGAACUGAAGGGACAUUUUUUCCGGGGUGACUGGCGAGUCGGAGAGGGUAGAAGUUUCCGUUUGUUAUAAUUGACAAAAUAAACAAUCGGGCGCUUUUUCUUUCUAUGACUUGCUUGGUAUUUUGUGGAUUAUUGUUUUUUGGUUUUGGAAGGUAUGCGAUUCACUGUUGAGCCUUAAAAUUAUUUUGCAUCUGAAUAGCAUUGAUAUCGUCAAGUCUGCAUCAACACCCUAAUCCCACACCAAAAUACCCUUUUCCUAUCCCAUGGCGUUUUUGUGGUCAGCAAAGACUAUUCAGCCAUUACCCACCCUUAUCAUCGGCUUUGGACUGACUUGCGCUCUCAUUGCCCCACCAAAUGCUGCAAAAUGAAAAUGAAAUUUAGUUCCGAUUGCAAUACCGUUCAAACGACGCCUUCCUACGAACGAUAAGCAUGUUCAUUUGGCUCACACUUUGACAGUUCUCUCUGCACGAUUGGCUCACAAUGGCCGCCUCCGCAGAUCUCUAUAAUGUAGGAUUACUAGUUCUAUACUAAUACCAUAGACUAAUUUCAAGACCUCGAUGUACCAAAGAAAACGAUCAAAUUUUCGGUGACCAGUCCGGUACCCAAUAAAUAUUCCUAACCGUGUAUUUUUUUCCGUGUCAAUUGCCUUUUGUGUAAAUUUUAUUUAGCGUGUUACACUGAUCUGACAGCUCUGACAGUAAGGGACUAAACAUAAAUUACGUAAAGUGAGUACUGUGACGACGAGUACCCCUCGACAAAUACCCGUUGUAAUGAACCACAGGGAUCGUUUGCAGCGUAUUCUUCCACGCGACUCCCACGUUUGACAACGACAGACGAUGAGAUGGUAGAUGUCAGUGAGGAUGACGUGCAGAAUUGAUAGGAGGUGCAAACACUAAUGAAUGGUUAAUUUGAUCUUUUUGCAAAACCUUAAAAACUACUUAUAUCUACUUAUCAUCUAAGUUAAUUUGUGGACUUAAUAAGUGACUACAGGUAGGUGAUUUGGAGGAUUGAUUAGGAUUUAUUUGAACUUAAAAAUGUGUAAAUUAAUCUACAGCCUAGUCUACGAGUACGGAUUGAGCCUACUAAAUCUAAAGAUAAACAAAGGAAAAACUGAAAAAAUCUAAAGCUUUUCCCAACCCUACAAAGUGUUUCGGAGCUGCUUUUAGAUUCAGUUCAACAAACUUUAGAUUUUUUCAUGCCAUGGCAGAAGGCGGGAUCGAUUCCCAGGCCCAUAGGAGCUGACAUGGUUGCGUGCGAUUCGUGUCAGAUGUGGUGUCAUUAUACGUGCGCCAAGGUGGAAGCUGAAGUCAAGAAUCGGGAGUGGUACUGCUCGACCUGUGAACCCCUGGCAAAAGAGUUGCCACCGACUAGACCGGUGAAACUGACAGUCUCCGAGAAGGAUUCCAAAAGAUCUGGUAAGUCAACCGCGGGAAGCAAGACGUCCAGAAAGACGAAGAAGACGAUUGGUGAUAAAAGUGUUACAUCGAGUGUGCGUGCACGACUGGCGCUGGAAAUGCAGGUCUUGGAGGAACAACAACGUAUGCAGGAAGAAGUGUUGGCAGCCGAAAAGGAAAUUAAAGAUCUACAGCUGCAGCAUGAACGAGAAGUAAUGGAGAAAGAAAGGGCCUUCGAGGCGAGGAAGCUUGCUGACGAAAAGGCGUUUCUAGAGCGGAAGAUGGCUGAAGAAUUAGAGUAUCGGAAGCAACAGAUGGCUAUCAAAAAGCAAUCGCUGGAAGAUAAGGCUAAGCUAGUUCGGCAGAUAUCACAAUGCGGUAGUAGCCGUACAAGCGAAAUUUCGAGUGUUCCGGAUUCGAGGAAACGUGUAGAGGAGUGGCUGGAGAAGUCAGAUCGGCAGACAGAGGGAGUCGCUGGAGCAUGCACGUCAGUCGUAGUUCCUGAUGCCAACAUCGAACGCAAAUUACGAGCAACUCCUGAAAUAUCCGCGCUCAUUCUUCGAAAAAGCAGCGACCAACAUUGCGAGAAUACACACAUGUUUCCGAUAAAAAGCCUACACAACACGACCCAGAUUGGAACCGUUCCGGACAUGACACGGCAGUUAGCUGAUAUGGAUUUGAACAGAAGCGGUGCCGAUGCAGUUGCAGAUGCCAGGAUCGGUGCUGCUAAUAUUCGGGCGCAACGGGAGUUUUAUCUGCAGAAUCAAUCCAGAAACAAUCGGGAGAAAAAUGUGUUGCUAACUGAACCACAAGUUUCCAGAUCGUUGGGCAGUGGUUCUCGUCAACCUGUAGAGGAGUAUGAUGGGCCAACAAACCGUCAAUUAGCAGCCCGCCAGGUCAUGGGAAAAGACCUCCCACCCUUUUCUGGUAGACCGGAGGAGUGGCCAUUGUGGUAUAGCAACUUCCAGCGUUCGACCACUACCUGUGGGUUCUCGGAUGACGAAAACCUUAUCAGACUGCAGCGCUGUUUGAAGGGUGAGGCGUUGGAAACUGUGCGCAGUAAGUUGCUGUGUCCUAGCAGUGUGCCUCAUGUUAUCAGGACGUUAGAGAUGCGGUAUGGACGACCCGGGACGCUGAUACGCGUGAUGACGGAACGGAUUCGUCUAUUGCCAUCGCCCAGGACAAAUGAUCUGAACAGCAUUAUUGAAUUCGGAUUAGCGGUGGACAGUUUGGUCGAGCACUUACGUAAUUCAGGGCAAGGAUCGCAUUUGAAUAACCCAUCUCUGCUCCACGACCUGGUUACCAAGCUUCCCGUGGAUCAUCGUUUGAAGUGGGCAGCGUACAAGGGUUCACUGCACGAACCAAAUUUAACCGCAUUUGGAAGUUUUAUGUCUACAAUGGUUGAAUUGGCCUACGAGGUGGCAGAUGAUAUACUUCCCGAAAAUAGCAAACAGACGAGCCAGCAGAAACCCAAAGAACGAGCAUUUCUACAUGCGCAUUCUGAAUCACAAGUCCCGAACGAACGAGCGAAGAAAUGUUGCGUAGUCUGCAACGCAGAAGGACACCGGAUUGGGGACUGUUCCAUGUUCAAACAAAUGGGCAUCGACGAAAGAUACAAAGUGGUGCAGCAGAAUGGACUUUGUAGGACAUGCUUGAAUCAACACGGAAGAUGGCCAUGCAAAACUUGA